UAUGCAGUUCCAUCAUAAAAUUGUUUUCACAGUUCAGUUCAUCCAUUUCAUUCAGGCUGACACAAUGCUUGAAUUUGCUCUCCUCGGCUUGUGCCUGGCUGUCCUGGCGUAUUAUUUAUUUGGUAAACACUGUCAUUCCGAUGAGCCACCAGGUCCACGGGGUUUACCAAUUUUGGGAAAUUUAAUUGAUUUAGCGAGAGCAUCAGACAACAUGGUGAACACUUUGGGCGUAUUGGGGGAAAAGUAUGGGGAAAUUUUUUCAAUAAGGAUGGGUUUUAAAAAGACAGUCGUGCUAACUUCGAAAGAAGCGAUGCAAACCGUCCUCUCCAACGAGGCCACGUUCGCACGUGACAACACUGGAAUGUUUGCGGAUAGAAGUUUUCACAGAAAUCUUGGAAUUGCAACAUCCCACGGAAGCGUUUGGACAAAAACGAGAAAUUGGACGUUUAAAACGUUACGUGAAUUCGGAUUUGGGAAAUCUUUAGCUAUGGAGGGAUAUAUCCAGGUAGCAUCGGAUUUAUUGUUUGCCAAAAUUGACGAGAAACAAGGCACCGAGGUCAAUGUCGAUUACUUUUUUCAUCAACCCAUCCAAACCACGGUGUGGCUCAUGAUCGUUGGUCGGUUAUCGGAAAAUGAUAAGGGACACCUUAAGCUGAUUUCGGAGAAGGCAGAGCGUUUCAUAAAAAGUGGCGUUAUUGGACCAAGUCUCGUGAAUGCGUUCCCAUUUUUGCGGUUCGUCUUCCCAAAUUGGUUAGGCCACAAGGUUCAAACGGACUUUUUCCAGACGUGCAAUUCCAUCGGAAAGCGACUGUUUGACGAAAUGGGGCAAGAAUUAAAGGCGUCCCCGAUUACUCACCAACCUGCCAGCUUAUUGGAAGCGUUUGUCCAAAAUUGUGGAAAGGACGAUGAGAUAUUCAAUUGCGAAAAUUUCCAAGUCGCCUUCCAAGACCUUCUACUGACUAGCUCGGAUUCAACCAGCUCAUUCCUUGAGUCUGCGGUUCUCUAUUUGAUAACAUUUCCUGAAGUACAAGAGAAAAUUUACCAAGAAAUAUUGGAUAUCGCACCCAACGGCAGGGUUAUAAAUUUUGAGGACAGGAAAAGUAUGCCAUACACCCAAGCGUUCAUCCUUGAGACACAUCGAAAUGCGAGAAUUGCACAAAAUUUUGCACCACGGAGAGCUCUUUGGGAUUUUUUGUAUAAGAAUUACAAAAUUAAGAAGGGCACAAUUAUCCUUGUCGAUACGCGUCUGUAUUUUGAAGAUAAGAAAAUUUGGGGCGACCCUGAGGUCUUUCGGCCGGAACGAUUUAUUGGUGAACAUGGCGAACUAGAAAAUGCGUCGAGUGUGAUUUCCUUCUCAUUUGGGAAGAGAAAUUGUCCGGGUGAAUUGCACGCCAAUAUUGUCACAUUCUUGAUACUGACCGCAUUGCUGCAACGAUACAAAAUAUCUAACCCGGUCGGACAACCCACGCCGAGACAAGAUUUGAAACCGGGCCUCGCCUUGAAGCCAUACCCAUUUCAGGUGGUGUUCGAAAAACGAAAAUAAAUUUGAACCUGGAAAUAUACUUGUGUCAUAAGUUGUGAUAGAUUUUCAGAUAAUUUUGACCAUUUCACCCAAGUUUUUAGUCCAAUGCUAAAAACUCGUGUUAAUAAAAUAUGUGAUGUCACGACCUUCAACUCGUUAAAAAUGAUUUAAAUUUUACGACGUAAUAAAAUAUAUACAUUGAUAUGUGUACCUGUGUGUAGAAAUA